AGUUUCCACGGCUCUUGGCGCACAGUCUCGGAUCGCUCACUCCGCGCCAUGGCACGCCUGUGUCCGCGGUGCGCUGCAGCUCCGCGGUAUCGGCGUCAGAUGAACUGAGAGAGGACCGGCUGAGUUGUGACCACCCACCAUGGCUGAAUUCGGGGAGAAGAAGCAGUGCGCCGUCGGUUCCCCGGUUGCGGGCUGGAAAGCUGCGUCAGGAGGAGCCGGAGCGAACCCGGCGGACCGGGGGGAGCCGGUGUCCAACGGGAACUGCAGCGCCACCUCGGACUCGCUGAGGAGGGUCCAGAGGCAAUCCAGCUGCGAGUCCCCGACGUGGGAGCGCGCGGGCUCAGACUCAGCAUCCAAGACGAUCCCUCGACGCAGCAGUCUGAUCAAGGAUGGGACACGUGCGGGUCGUGAGAGGAAGAAGACGGUGUCCUUCAGCAGCAGCCUGUCAGAGAAGAAGAUCAGCAGCGCCGCCGACUGCAUCCACUCCAUGGUUGAAGGGAGCGAGCUGAAGAAGAUCCGGCCCAACUCGCGUGUCUACCUGCGCUACUACUUGCUGGACGCCGGCCUCCAGGCUCUGUGCUGGGAGCCGUCCAAGAAGGAAUCAGACAAAGCCCGCAUCUCUCUCGCCGCCAUACGAGAGGUCCGGACGGGUCGUAACACGGACACCUUCCGCACCAGUGGAGUUUAUGAGCAGAUCUCCGAGGACUGUGCCUUUUCCAUCAUCUAUGGAGACGUGUAUGAAAACCUGGACCUGGUGGCCAACUCUGCUGAAGUGGCAAACAUUUGGGUGACUGGACUAAGGUAUCUGAUGCAGUAUGGGAAACACGCCCUGGACAUGCUGGCCAGCAGCCAGGACAGCCUUCGUCUCGGCUGGCUCGAGCAGCUGUUCUCCUCGGCCGCUGAUUUGGAAGGCCAGGAAGAUGAGGACGAAGGGAUCCGCUUGCGGUCGGCCGUCAAGCUGAUCCAGAGCGUGAACCCUGGCGUGAGCAGUGGGAAAGUGGAGCACAGGUUUAAAGAGCUGAAAAGAGUCAGGGAGAGGGUGUCCGGGCUCUCAUUGGAUAACGGAUCCGGUGGUAAAGAUCACGUCGAAACCAAAAGACCACUGGGAAAAAUCGAGCAAGUCACCAAGCCGGAGUUUAUCGAGGUCUUUCACGACUUUUGCACACGUCCAGAGAUCUACUUCCUGUUGGUGCAGUUCUCGAGCAACAAGGAGUUCCUGGACACCAAAGACCUGAUGAGGUUCCUUGAGGCUGAGCAAGGCAUGACUCAAGUGAGUGAGGAGACCAGUCUGAAGCUCAUCCAGUCCCACGAGCCGUCGGAGGAAGGCCGGCAGCAGGGCUACCUGUCAUUGGACGGCUUCACCAGCUACCUCACUUCAGCGGCGUGCAACCUCCUCGAUGGGGAGCACGGCGCCGUGUGCCAGGACAUGUCCCAGCCUUUGUCCCACUACUACAUCAACUCCUCCCACAACACGUACCUCAUCGAGGACCAGUUCAAAGGUCCCUCCGACAUCUCCGGCUACAUCCGCGCCCUGAAGAUGGGCUGUCGAUGUGUGGAGGUGGACGUUUGGGACGGCCCUGACGAGGAGCCAGUGGUGUGCACGGGUCACACCCUUUCCCCACCGCUGUCCCUGCGUUGUGUGUUGGAAGCAAUCGGACGGUUUGCAUUUGUGGCGUCAGAUUACCCAUUAAUUGUGUGUGUUGAGAACCACUGUUCACUUCAACAGCAGAAAACAAUGUGGAAACACCUCAUGGGAAUACUAGGGGAUAAGUUAUACACAAAUCCCCCUGAUGAAGGGGACUCUUACCUGCCGUCGCCUCAUGUGUUACGGCACCGGAUCCUUCUGAAGGGUAAGAAGUUGGGUCCAAGUUCUGACGGCGAGGACGGGGAGGUAAGUGAGGACGAUGAAGGGGCAGAGAUGUGUCAAAGGAUGAAGGCAGCUAAUAGCGGUGGGACCACGCCCGGAGGAAGUGAGAAGGAAACGUUGCAGAAAAGCAUCGCUCAGUUUCAUCCUCCUCAUCCUCCCCAUCCUCCAUCCAAACAGUUGCAGCUCUUGAAGGAGCUGUCCGACCUCGUGACCCUUUGCCGCUCGGUGACCUUCACCGACUUCCCGACAUCGUCCAAAAUCCAAAAACCUUGGGAGCUGUGUUCCUUUCACGAGUCUCUGGCCGUGCGUCUCGCCGGCGAAAGCCCCGGAGACUUUGUCAAUCACAACAAGCAUUUCCUGUCGCGGGUGUACCCCAACCCCAUGCGCAUUGACUCGAGCAACAUGAACCCUCAGGACCUGUGGAAGUGCGGGUGCCAAAUUGUGUCCAUGAAUUUUCAGACGGCGGGACUAAUGAUGGACCUGAACACGGCUUGGUUCCGGCAGAACGGGAACUGCGGCUACGUCCUGCGCCCGGCCAUCAUGCGGCAGGAAGUGUCGUAUUUCAGUGCCGACACCAGAGAGACGGUGCCGGGUGUGUCUCCACAGCUGCUUCAUGUGAAGGUGAUCAGUGGCCAGAACCUGCCCAAGCCAAGAGGUUCCGGGGCCAAAGGGGACGUGGUGGACCCGUACGUGUACGUGGAGAUCCACGGCAUCCCGGCCGACUGCACCGAGCGCCGCACCAGGACGGUGAUCCAGGACGGGGACAACCCUAUCUUCGACGAGAGCUUUGAGUUCGAGAUCAACCUGCCGGAGCUCGCCAUGGUGCGCUUUGUGGUGCUGGAUGAUGACUUCAUAGGGGACGAGUUUAUAGGUCAAUACACCAUCCCUUUAGAGUGUCUCCAGCCUGGCUACCGUCAUGUGCCACUCCAGUGUCUGACAGGAGAAGAGCUCCCCCACGCUAAGCUGUUUGUCCAUGUGGCCCUGACCAAUCGUAGAGGGGGGGGGAAGCCUCACAAACGGGGCCUGUCGGUGCGGAAGGCGCGGAAGGGAAGGAACUACACAGCUCUGAGGGACCUGGGGGUCCGGGCUGUGGACGAGCUUUUCAAGACGGUUGCUCCACUGCUGAGGGAGGCUACUGACCUGAGGGAAAAUAUGCAGAACUCAGUGGCAGUGUUCAGGGAGCUGUGCGGAGUGUCCGCUGUGGCCAACCUCAUGCAGUGCGUCCUGGCUCUGAGCUCCAGAGUGUCCGGACCAGACGAGAUGCCUCUGCUGCUGUUUGACCUCCGGGACCAGUACCCCGCCCUGGAGCCCCAGGGGCCUCUGCCCGACGUCCUCCGCCGGGUCGUCUCCACCUACGAGCUGAUGGUCCAGGCAAGCAGAGCAGUGGUGGAUCUCUCCGAUGGAAUCUACGACAGGAUCCUGCAUAUACAGACAACGGCGAUGGAGUUUCAUGAGAAGCUGCCGAGCCUGGCAGCGAAGGAGGGGCUGAAAGGUCGCAAGGUCAGCCGAGCGCUGGAAAGUUUCAGCUGGAACAUCACUAUCCUUAAGGGCCAGGCCAACCUCCUGAAGCGGGCCAAGGCUGAAGUCCAGGAGAACACGAAGCAGGUCCACGACGCGGCUCUGACCGGAAACCUCAGCAAGGAGACUCAGGGAGUGACAAGGGUCCGCUCGGUAACCCGGAGAGGCCAGGAUGACAAGGCCACCUCAAGUGCUGGAGGAGCCUCGGCAUAGCAAGUGACGGAGGGAGGGUCCACGACCACACCCCCGCUGUAGCUGCUGUGACAAACCCUUCAAAUGACUUGGAUUCAUAAUGUUGCAGGAACUAAAUAGCAAGUACCCUGUUUUUUAAAAGAAGGAAGUUGAUGAAUGUAAUACUUCAAACACGCCGUGGACGUCAGAGGCCGCUGUGAGGAGGCGGGAAGAUGAAUGACAAUGAAGGAGUUGAAUGUAGUUCGAUGUGAAGCCAAGGUUCAGCUGUUUGUACUCUAUGGAACUGUAAAUACACCAAAUGUUUAUUAUCGUCCUCUAACGUGCAAUGUUUCUGAGAUUUGAGACGUAGAAAUAAGAGCCAGAAGAUCUUAGAAAAACCCUUUUGCAAAAACUGCCACCACCAAAUGUUGGCAGCUCGUGCGGAUGCAUCGCAAAGAAUAUCGACAGAAUAUCGUGGAAAAGUAAUUUUUUUCAAAAAGUAAUUUAAAAAGAGAAACUUUCAUAUAUUCUAGAUUCUUUGUUUUUAAUUUUGAUCAUCAUUACAGCGUGCAGCUCAUGUUCAUAACAAAUCCAGCAUUUAAAAAAUAUUCAAAUAUUUCUAAAGAUCAUCGAAAAGGGUUUAUAAUACAGAAAUGUCUGGCUUCUGAAAAGGACAUUCAUUUGUGCACUCAUUUCUUGGUCAGGGCUCCUUCAGCAAGGAUGACUGCAUUUGAAAAGGAGUUUGGACAACUGAGCAGCCGUCGAGUUCUGUUAGGGACACGCAUCCAGGUCUGACCAGCCCGGGGCGGGUCUGCCUUAAUAAAACAAUGAGGUACACAACUGAAGAUAUGUCAGAAACAUCCACAGGUGGUAGGCAACUUAACAUCAAGCUAAUGCGGAAGACCUUGUUCCCCAUCGAGUCCUAUGUCCUAAGACGAUAAGAGGGUAGCGAGUUAUAGCGAGUUUCCUGAAGACGUCUGUGUGUGAUGACCCAUGAUCCUCUGCCUCCAGUCGUUGGCUCUCUCAAGUUCUGGAUUCAACUUUUGCUUGAAAGUCUUCUCAAGGCCGCGGUCAUCCCUGUUGCUCGUGCACAUUUCCCCUUCCGGGCAACUUCCCAUGAGCACAGUGCUCUGUGAACAGCCAGCGAUGACCUGUAGCUUUUCCUCCUCACGGAUGGUGUCGAUCAUUUCCUUUUCCCGUGAUUGUGGUUUUGAGUUUGUGUACUGAACUACAUAGAGAUACACAGUAUUUAUACUGUAUGAAAAGUAAUGUACUCUCACUCAAAAGGAAAUUAAAAUUUAAACAUAAUUGAAACAGUUUAGUUUGAUGAGUAUAAUUAGCCGGGAGUUCUCAAAGUGGGGUCUGGUGACCACUUAGGGUUAUUGAGGGGUUACAGAGGGUGUUUGGCAAAAAGUGGAAUCAUUUAUUUUCACUAUAAUUUCAACCAUAUGUAACAAACAAUGACUAUUUUGCUCCUGAAUUUCAGACACUUCCUGAAGAACUAACAUCUAAAACCACAAAUGUUUGUCAAGGUGGGGGGUCUGUGAUCUAGUUUGUGUCAGUUAAGAGGUCAUUGAAGUGCAAAAGGUUAAAGAACAACUGGUCUAGAAUAUGUAAAAUUUUCACUUUCGUAAAUUCCUGAUGAAAAAUGUUGAACUUUUUCACAAUAUUCUAAUUCUUUGAACUGAACCCGCAUUUCAAUUAGCUGCAUACAGCUCCCAGCAAUAUCAAGUAGGUAGGGUGUUUUAACUUUGCACCUCUUGGACCAGUGCAGCUCCUGUACGUCUCUCAUCCCUUUUGUCCAGCCAGAAAAAUCCUCCACUUCACCCUCUAAAUACCAUCUCACAUACAGUAUUCUAUAUUUUUCUAUUUUCCUGAAGCCUUAGUUGUAAUUAUGAGGAAAAAAAAACUGCCUCAUCUCCAUAACUCGAAAUGUAAACGCUGUAGGGAACACGAAAUGCUGUCAAGUGCUUCAUUUGUUUGCAAAACACUGUACAGUAUUUUAUUAUGUAAUAUUCCUGAAUUCUUUGCCGUGGAGCACAUUUUAGCAUAAGUUAUUGAUCCUAAAUGAAAACAUUCCAGUAAACAAGCUGCCGGCGCAGUAGACGAUGCUCGACGUGCUCAGCUGUGGUGAUCACCUUCCUCUUCAGUCAGGAUGGAGACUAGAAAUAAUAAACUCGUUUUGAAAUGA